UACAGGUAGUGUUCGAAGUGGCUGAGACUGCUGUCCGACCGGAAAUGAGAAGCUCCGCCGACGUUUAUGGAGCUCUCGCCGGCCGGAACCCUCCUCCGACCGAAAGCGAGAAGUGUGCGGUGGAUUCUGGAAAUUGAAACGGUCGGCGAAAAUGAAAACCCAGGCCGGGAUUUUGUCGUCCGUCCCAAUACCGACCCCACUCCCUGGCCCAAACCUCUUAACACUAGGGCUGACAUCGGGCUUGGACGUUCCUGCCCGGCCCAGAGCUCCACUCGUCCCUUCUGCUCGGCUCAGAGCUCCACUCGUCCUGCUGCCCGGCUCUGCGCUCCGCUCGUCCCUUCUGCUCGGCUCAGGGCUCCACUCGUCCUGCUGCCCGGCUCUGCGCUCCGCUCGUCCCUUCUGCUCGGCUCAGAGCUCCACUCGUCCUGCACGGCCCUGCGCUCCGCUCGUCCCUCCUGCUCGGCUCAGAGCUCCACUCGUCCUGCUGCCCGGCUCUGCGCUCCGCUCGUCCUUCCUGCUCGGCUCGGCCAGCCAAGCCGAGCCCGAACCCCGCGACAACGACGUGCGGAAAGCGACGUUCAACAAAGACUUGGUGAAAGCGAUAGGAUGAAAGGGACAAGACCUAAGGACAGGUGACGUCCGCUAAACGACGAGCCU